ACAUAGUCAUGAGAAGAGAACAAAGUAAAAAUUAACAAAUACAGCAACUUCAAAUCUUUUAGAAAAACUACUCAGAGCUGAUGAUCGGACUCUAAACAGCCAUGCAUUGCCCGUUCAGGCUCUCGAUCCAGUAAAUCGAUUCUCUUGCCGGCAGAUUCGAAAAGUACGCUCGUCUUGAGGAAGGUUUGAGUAACGCUGUGUCUAAAGAGCUGCACACAAUGGAUUACACUGUCUUAACAGCCGUUGUGGCCACUUCUUUAACAUCUUUGCCAAUAGCUUUUGUACUGAAUAAGAUUAAUUUGAUGAAAGAUCACCGAUUUGUGUUUGCUGCCGGAGUACUGUGUUUGGCAGCAGCGGCUAUUGUUCCAGCUUUGGUUUUGCGUCGGCGCUAUCGUAAUGUUGACUGGAUCAUGUACGUGUUUGGACUUUUCUGCUGGACCGGUAUUGUUGAUCUCUUCAUUGGCCUAGAACUCAAUGGCUUUGUAUCCAACUUCAUGGGUUUCUACCUCUUGGAAGGGGAGCCAUACCUGAAUACCUCACAUGGCAUGUUUAUCAACUAUUGGGAUGGCACAGUCCAAUAUGCACUUCAACUUUCUAGUAUUGCUUUAUUUUGUUUGCAGGCAAGUUACCGUGAAGUUGGACUCUACUGGUGUGGAUCUAUCAUCAACAGCAUGUUGGUUCUUCUGCCUGGUGCAGUCCUUGGAAAGAGUGGUGUGAGGUGGUCAUAUCUGCUGAAUGUGCCUUAUGCACUUCUCCCUGUUUUUAUUGCUUUCAAAUUCAUCAAGGGGAGACCACUGCAGGCACGCUCCUAUUUGCGGCUACCUUGCAUCACUCGCCGACCUCUUGACCUUUUGUUCAUCUACUUUGUCUUUGCCACUGGUGUAGCCUUUCUCCGUGGAUUUGCUGUACUUGGUGCAAAUAUUUCAUGCAUGGAGACCUACUUGAAAAAAUAUGAGCCAUACCUCACAGACCCUUCAGCUUUUCCCAAAGCUCAGAUGCUGGUGAACAUGUACUAUUUCGUCUUUUACUAUGUGUGUGCCAUGGAUGGAUUAAUAAAUCCAGGUCACCUCUGGAUGUCAGACUGGGCCAUCAUCCAUGCAGGUGCCGCUGCACAAUCUCAGUUUGUACACAUGGCCAGCUCAAUUCACAGUCGAACACCCACAGAACUACGUGCUCCUGUAGGUGGAGUGGCAGGGGGUGUAUUCUGGGGGGUCAACUUGCUGCUGUUGGUGGUACCACAGCUCUUUGCCCUACGCUGUUGGAGAGACCCAGACAAUUGUGGCCGCACUUACACCACAGAUAUUGCACAACCCAUUGGCCAGACAACUUUCCGCCACAGUUACCGAACACCACGCAAACGAGAAUAAUGAUUGUAACUGAAGAAUGAUUUAUAUUUGGAUCCUGUUUUAUAUGUGUACCUAACACAUGUACCAUAUCAACAGGAUUAAUUCAUGUCUUUGCUGUUUCUUCAUUUUUUUUCUCACCCCUGAAGAGAUGUUUGUGAGAGUGGAAAUUCAUUUUAGCGUUGAGUAACCAUCAUUUGGUUAUUGUCAUAGCAUACAUAAUAUUAUUAUGUCCAUAAUAUUUGCCAUGUCUUAUAUCUACAAGUUCAACUGGAUGAGAAUUGUGGGUAGGGAUACGAAUGUGCACAUGCUGUUUCAUCAACUCAAUAUGAACAAAUUGAGGCAGCUGAGCUGUAGUUAUGAAAACUUCCCAUCUGCAGGUGCAACUGUAUUGGAAAAAUUAAGCGAUAAAAUAACUCAUGCAAUAAUGGUCCAAUUAUAUUGGUUUUUUUUUAAAUUAAGCCAUUUUAAAAAAAUUUCUUCCUACAAAUUUUAAUGUAGAUGUAAUUUGUAGUGGCGUUUUCAAUACAUGUAUACUUUUGAUAUUGUGUCAAAUGUACAUUAGCAAUUUUUUUUUAUUUAACAUUUUCUUGAUAUUGUAAGCACAAUAUUUGCAAGGCUUUUGUGAACUUAAAUUUUGUUACAUUUACAUUAAAUUAUAUAUUAUUGGUUUUUGUGAUAUUUGUUUGCUAAAUAUUAAUCUGGAAAUAUCUCUGGUGGGUAAAGUUUGUUAUCAAACUCAAAAGUUAAGUUUUGAUAGUUGACUUAGGUGUCUAGAAUGCAGCACUGUAUUGAUGAGUCUAAAGCUGAAGUAUCAUCAGCACCAAUCUUUUUUUUAGCUUCUUUUCUUGUUUGCCUUAAAGUACCCAUCUUUUGAUUUAUUUUAGGAGUUUUUGUGCAUAACCAUGGCUGCAAACAUGUCUGUUGCAAGACUGAGCAUAUGCAACAAUCUUUAUCUCUUCUUUUGAGGAGAGCUGUACAAGUAGUUUUCUAUUUACUGUUUUUGUGUUGACAGAGACAAAUGAAGCUAAUAAGCUAAGCUGCUUAACUGCUAUUUAGGGCAGGAUCUGUUUUGGAUUAUGUUGCAGCUUUUAAAUAUAUAUCUUGUCAAAGUAGAAAUUUGCAUCCUAGGCUUUCAUAAUAAGCUAUAUGUAAAUUCCUGAAAUAAAAAUAGAUAGCAUGCCAA